AUGAAUUGCAAAGAACACCAUUUACCAGAACUAGAACUAUCGACUGGCCAAGUGAGAGAGGCGCUGCAGGCUAUAUUAUACACGAUACUUUUCAUCCGAAGUCCGGGACCUGUCACACCCCGUGAUGUGGAAUGCGAAGGUUUCAAUCUUACGUAUCCCCGAAUUGCUAGUGACAAAAUGUCUUCAAUGCCAUCGGCGCACUCUGCGUUAGACAGCAAUGUUGACAAGAAAGUGGAUGAUGGAAUAGGGUCCUUUUUAAUGACACUUUCACAAAUCGGUCCAGAACUGUUAAGUGGAGGAUUGACUAUCAGCUUUUUUGAACGACGGGCUACAAGACAACUUUUUGGGCUGGUUUCGAAUGAAGAAAAAGUUAUUUGGGAACAGUGGCAUCUUCGAGUAGUGGUGAACAAUACUCCCAGACCCGUCAGUGAUGAUUCUGCGGCAGUCAUGGAACGACAACGAAUUCAAGACAUGGCCGAAGGUAUGCUGCGGUCUGCCUUGGUCAAGAUUUUUGAAAUUUCCGGAGGUGCCAUUGACCAUGUACCUCCUGUCAUGUACGAAUUUGAAAUCAAUUGCUCCAAAAAAGCAGACGACCGGGAAAAUGUCUACUCGAGAGUGGCCAACAUGCCUUCCUUGAUAAACCUGAGCAAUUGA